CUCCAGCUGAGACAAACACGCUCGGUCGCUCGUUCGGUCGCAGUCUCGCUCUCUCUCUCUCUGCCCUCUUCUCCUCUUCUCUCCUCUGACGUCACUCGGUGGAUCAGAACCGAACCGGACUCGGGUUCGACUCGGUCCGUCCGAUCUACACGACGUGUUGUGCGCGUGCCCGUGGCGCCGCUCGGGACCGUCCGGUGAACGGUGGUGUUUGUUUCCGGUGCUGGGUGCGGACAUGGCGGGAGGACUCCCGGGGCUCGGCCCGCUGCUGCUGGCGGCUCUGGUCCUCCGCGGCGGUGCCUUCAACCUGGACGUGGACAAACCGUCCGUGUUCUCCGGACCGGAAGGAAGCUACUUCGGCUUCUCCGUGGACUUCUUCAUGCCCCCGAGCAAAGUCAAGUCGGAUGUUCUGAUUGGAGCUCCUCGGGCGAACACCUCGUCCAGCAGCAGUGUGGUGGAGAGAGGAGCGGUGUUCUCGUGUCCCUGGAGCAGCUCAUCCUGCCAGGAGCUGCAGUUUGACAGCUCAGACGACAGGACGAACGCCGACGGGGUUCCGAUGGAGUUCAAGUCCAAGCAGUGGUUCGGAGCCUCGGUCCGAUCAGACGGAGAACACAUCCUGGCCUGUGCUCCUCUGUACCAGUGGUCGACCUACGGCGUGUCGGAGCGGGAGCCUGUGGGGACGUGUUACCUGAAGAAGGGAGGGACGGUGGUGGAGUACUCUCCCUGCAGAUCAGGUGCGACCUCUCCCGAGGGGCAGGGCUUCUGCCAGGCCGGCUUCAGCGCCGACUUCCUGAAGAAGAACAACAGGGUGGUGGUGGGAGGACCAGGGAGCUUCUACUGGCAGGGUCAGCUGAUUUCCGACGACGUCUCUGAGAUCUUUACCCGGUUUGACAAAAACUUCAUCACCCCGUACGGAAACACCCACACUACCAAGUCCGCCGGCGCCCAGUACGACGACAGUUACCUGGGUUACUCUGUGACGGUGGGAGACUUCAACGACGACGGGAAGGAAGACUACGUGACGGGAGUCCCUCGUGGGGACAAGGCCCUGGGCUAUGUGAACAUCUUCAACGGCCUCAACAUGGAGUCGAUGGAGAACUUCACAGGCACGCAGAUGGCCGCCUACUUCGGACACUCAGUCGCUGCCGGUGAUGUGAAUAACGACGGUUUGGUGGAUCUGUUGGUUGGAGCUCCGCUCUUCAUGGACAGAGGCUCCGAUGGAAAACUCAGGGAGGUGGGACAGGUGUCAGUGUACCUGGGCCGAGGAGGAUUUUCCUUCCACCCUCCUCAAAUGCUGACGGGGUCGGAGGGCUACGCCAGAUACGGGUCUGCCAUCACUGCACUGGGAGACCUGGACAUGGACGGAUACAACGACGUGGCCAUCUCGGCACCUUACGGAGGUCCAGACCGUCACGGCUUGGUCUACAUCCACAAUGGCCGCCCUCAGGGGCCCAACCCGACUCCUUCCCAGGUCCUGCAGGGGAAGUGGGCGUCCAGCUACAUGCCUGCGAGCUUUGGAUACUCCAUGACUGGAAACACUGACAUAGACCAGAAUGGAUAUCCAGAUUUAAUAGUGGGAGUGUUUGGAGCAGACAAAGCUGUUUUAUACAGAGCUCGUCCUGUGAUCAGUGUGAACGCCACAUUGGAAAUGACGCCUCAGAUCAUCAACCCAGAGGAGAAGAACUGCACACUUCCUGGAACCAGCACUCAGGUGUCCUGUUUCAAGGUGAAGUACUGUUUGAAGGCAAGCGGUCUCGGAGCUCCAGCUUUUCUGAAUUUCCGUGUGGACCUGAUGUUGGAUCGUCUGAAGCAGAAGGAGUUGACCAAGCGCGUCCUCUUCCUGCACAGUCGGACCUUCCAGUACCACAAGAACAUGACGGUGGCCAACGGCAGAGGUUUGGCCUGCGAGGAGCAGCACGUCUUCCUCAGGGACGACCGUGAGUUCCGGGAUAAGAUCACUCCCAUCUCCGUGGCGAUGGAGUACAGUUUGGACUACCAGCAGGCCGCCGACAAGACCGGCCUGCUGCCCAUCCUCGACACGUCGGCCCCAUCCAACGUCACCAAGCAGGCUCACAUCCUGUUGGACUGCGGAGACGAUAACAUCUGUAAACCGGACCUCAAGUUGUCCGUGACCAGCGACCGAGAUCAGAUCUACAUUGGCGACGACAACGCUCUGACCCUGGAGGUCAGCGCCGAGAACCAGGGCGAGGGCGCAUACGAGGCCGAGCUCCACGUCUUCCCUCCGCAGCAGGCCGACUUCACCGGGGUGGUCCGCAGUCAGAAGCUCUCCAGGUUGUCUUGCGCCUACAAGAAGGAGAACCAGACCAAGAUGGUGGUGUGCGACCUGGGGAACCCCAUGAAGGGAGGAACCAAGGUGCUGGCUGAGUUGAGGUUCAGUGUGCACCAGCUGUCGGAGGAGGACACGUCCGUCAGGUUCGACCUGCAGAUCGUCAGCUCGAACCAGUUCGACAACACAAGUCCUCGAGUGUCGAGUAUCACCAAGCUGGCCGUGCUCGCCAGGGUGUCCAUCAGAGGGUCGUCGUCUCCUGGUCAGGUGUUACUUCCCAUCGCCAACUGGAAACCUAAAGAACCUCCCGUGGGUGUAGACGACAUGGGACCACAAAUAUUACACGUCUACGAGCUCCUGAACAGCGGGCCCAGUACGGUCAGCAAAGCGUCCCUGGAGGUCCUGUGGCCGUACGAGUACAAGAACAGUUCUCUGCUCUACAUCAUGAGCUACGAGACGGACGGACCCAUCAACUGUACGACCGUCAUCGAGAUCAACCCACUCAACUUGUCGAUCCCGUUGACCUCACAGAAGAACAGCAGCAUUGUUCCGCCCAGAGAGCGAGAGACAGAAGGACGAAACAGAAACCACGUUCGCAGGAGAGACCUGGAGUCAAGAGACUCCCAGAGCGAUCUGCAGACACUGGACUGCUCCACAGCAAAGUGUCUGCGGCUCAGUUGUCAGGUCGGUCGUUUGGAGCGGAAGAAGUACGCCAUCCUCUCUAUCUACUCCAGACUGACUGUCAACAACUUCCUCAGGACUGAGAAUCAGAAUCGUUCGUACGUGGUUCGAGCUACAGCCACGUUCAAUGUGACCGAGAUGCCGUACAAGAACCUGGUGUCGGAGCUGCCGUCCAACAGCACCACGGUGAGCGUUUCGGUGAUGUGGGUGGUGGACACUCCUCAGCCGGUCCCGGGCUGGGUCGUGGCUCUGGCGGUGCUGGCCGGGCUGCUGCUGCUGGCGCUGCUCAUCUUCAUCAUGUACAAGUUGGGUUUCUUCAAGCGAGUCCGCCCGCCGCAGGAGGACUGCACAGAGAAGGAGCAGCUGCAGCCGGAGGAGAACGGCAACACCGACUCCUAGAGGUCAAACUGUGUAAAUACAGGACACGAGUCCACUGUCCUCACUGUCCUCACUGUGUCUCUGUGUCACUGUACAGUGUCAGAUCAUGGUACUGGGUUCACUUUUCAUAGGGUUUAUGUUUUCUAGUCUCGUCCUGUUGUGUUUGUGCCAAUGAGAAGCUCCGCCUGCAGGAGGCUGAUGUCACUGUUGUUUCUGUUCCGUUGGACCACGUCACGUCUCAUGUUGGAUCUUCUCAAAGAUCAAACUGCUGAGAUUCAACAUGACGCGUCCUGAUGCGUCUCACUCCAGGUUCUGGAGCCUGAUAUUUCAUUCGCACUUUUUUCGUCCAGGCUCAAAAUGAUCGAUGAGUCAGAGAACUGCUGAUCGAUUCACCGACUGGUCGUCAGACUGAGACCUGACAUAAUAUUGUCUGGAAAAGAAACGGAAGGAGGAGAAACACACUGUCAGAGAGUAGAAGAGAAAAAAGUCAAAAGAAAAACGCUUUUGUGGCGUAUGUGAUAAUAACAGCAAUAAUGAGAUUUAAUAACAACCAGCUGUCAUCAGGUCUUUGUGUUGGGAUGAAGAUGUUAAGUUUCCUUUUCUGGGUGUGACAGUAAUAUAUUGACCUUUGUCUUCCUGUGUGUGUGUGUGUGUGUGUGUGUGUGUGUGUGUGUGUGUGUGUGUGUGUGUGUGUGUGUGUGUGUGUGUGUGUGUGUGUGUGUGUGUGUGUGUGUGUGUGUGUGUGUGUGAGAGAGACUUGAGUGAUGAUUGACAGCAGCGGCUCUGGCCCAUUUCUACACCAGAGUACACUUUUGCUAAAUUGUAUUAAUAACAAUAAUAAUUGUAAUAAGCGUUUGAGAGUUUCCUGCUUUGUCACAGUACACUAAAUAUUCCUUUGUACACCUGAAGAUGUAACUAGUUUUAUAACAGUUUCUCCACUAAUUUAAAAAAGAUUCAUCGGAUGAUUUGAUAUAAAUAAUCUUCAGCUGCAGUUUGAACAUGUGAAACUUGAGCGUUAGCAUUUCAUCAGCUAACAACGUACGUUGAUCUACAGUGUAUUGACGUGACGGAGUGGAAUGAUUUGACAGUUUAUGCUAACGUUAGCAGCUAACUCCUGCUCUUUAUUCCCUCAGCUGCAGCAGCUGAGAUCAGUAUAAUCUCUCUAUUUCCAUCGAGCCUCAGUCUGUUGGCAUGGUAUCAUGUUGUCAGCCGGACCAAUCAGACGCUCACACGUGAUGAACCAACUCACGCUGUUCCCAAAUUAUCCCAGAAUGCACCCUGAACCCGACACUGCGGGCAGGAAGAGAACCUGAGCUGAGGUCAGAUAAAUGUAGCAGCUGCUCGCUGUCGGAGAACCUGCUUCUGUCUCUUCACUGUCUGAGAUCAUCUGUCAUCGUCACGGUAAGACAGACUGACAGGCGUCGCUCCAGCCUGUGAGGUGGGCGGGGCCGGUGGGGCGGGCCAGUAUGCGACAGGUGGUUACUUUCCUGUCACGUGGUGUUUGAUGUUCGUGUGUGAACAUCGCAGAAAGAAAAUAAAAAGUUUACUUGGAAUUUACCCCUAUUGGGUUUGACAUCAUGAACUCACGUGUAAGGCUGAAGAUGAUUUUAUAACUAUAUGAAUCACUGAAGAAUCACUUUGAUAAAGGUCCACGGAACAUUUCUGAUCAUCUGCAUUUAAUAACUGUCGUCGCUCUAAAAUAUCACCGAUGUUCACAAGGUCGGACUCCAACAGGUCCAGAUCCUGAACCUCCUGAUCCGACCUGAUCUCUGUGGAGGUUCAGACGUGACACUGGGUCGAUGUGGGAUCCUGAACCUCCUGAUCCGACCUGAGGUCUGUGGAGGUUCAGACGUGACACCGGGUCGAUGUCGGAUCCUGAACCUCCUGAUCCGACCUGAGGUCUUUGGAGGUUCAGACGUGACACCGGGUCGAUGUCGGAUCCUGAACCACCUGAUCCGACCUGAGGUCUGUGGAGGUUCAGACGUGACACCGGGUCGAUGUCGGAUCCUGAACUUCCUGAUCUGAGUGAACGAACUGAACUGAGGCUGUUCACUGUGUUUGAUGUGUAACUCCAUCUGUCCUCCUUGCUGCCAUGACAACAUGUUGACUGUUUUGUUGAUGUACGUAUUCUUUCACCUCGAGAGUAAAGAAAUAACUUUGAUACUGAGAUGAUUUCACCUUUGAACUGAAAUAAAUUGAUGUGUUCACACUCGG